AUGUCCGACACCAUUCAAGAACUCGCCGAUAUCCCUCGCGACUUCCUUCGGGAUGGCAUGUUGUUCGUGCGCAGGUGCACCAAGCCCGACAAGCGUGAAUUCAUCAAGAUCAGCCAGGCUGUAGGCAUGGGCUUCAUCAUCAUGGUAAGCUCUUCUUCCAUUGGGUACUUCAUCAAAGUCCUGGGGAGCAUGCGACGACCCUUUCUAAUUGUGCUUUUCACUAUAGUACACAUUCCCGUCAACAACAUCCUCGUCGGUGGCGCUUAG